AAAAAAAAUAAGGAAGUGAAGUGAAUAGUUUGAAAUGGAGAGGUUUGCCAUCUUAACUACUCUUCUACUCCUCUAUUUAGCCACUUCACUUGCAUGUCCUCAUUGCUCUAUUCCGAAACCUCCUCCCCCGCCAACUGAGGUCCCCUGUCCUCCACCACCACCACCAAAACAAACACCAUCACCACCGCCACCACGAUCACACCCACCACCACCACCGAAACAAACACCAUCACCUCCUCCUCCACAUGUAGUCCCCCCACCACCACCACCACCAACACAAACACCAUCACCGCCUCCACCACGAGCACUCCCACCACCACCACCGAAACAAACACCAUCACCACCUCCACCACAAGCACUCCCACCACCACCACAAAAAAGAAUACCAUCACCACCUCCACCACAAGCACUCCCACCACCACCACCGCAUACACCACCAGCCAGACAUACUUGUCCAAUUAACACGCUUAAAUUGGCAGCUUGCGUGGACCUAUUAGGCGGGUUGGUGCACAUCGGCAUCGGCCCUGAAGCAAAACACGCUUGUUGCCCGGUGCUUCAUCCCUUAGCAGAUUUAGAUGCUGCACUUUGCCUUUGCACCACCAUUAAGGCUAAGCUCCUCAAUAUUAACCUCGUAUUGCCUAUUGCUCUUGAUCUCCUCGUUAAUGAUUGUGGCAAGCAUCCUCCAUCUUCAUUCAGAUGUCCUGCUAAUUAAUAAAGGGGAAGUCAGCUUUGAUAUAGAUAUGAAGAAUAAAGGAAGAGUUUCUAUUAAUCGCUUCAAGUGAAAUUAAUUAUUGUACUCUUCAGACGCAUUUAGCAAGAAAAUAAUUAAUUUAAUGUGCCAAAAAUAAUUAUCUUUUUUUCAAGGCCUUCAUUUCACAAUUUAGUGAAAUUGUAUUGUUGGAUGUACCUCUUCAUUUUAUUAAAAAUUAAUUAUAAACAACAAAUUUUUAUUUU